GUGAUGUGGUGACGCGGCCUCGGUUACCAGCGCAACCGGCGUGGGGGCGGGGUCUCGCGUCGUCCAUCGAGCGACAACUCCAACCAGUUUGCUCCAAAUUCUCCAAAUAUCUGCGGCGAGUGGCAAAGUUUUGAAGCACUGACAACACGUCAGGCCGUCUAAUAAACGCCCAAACGUUAGCGGACCAACUGCCAGCACCCGCCCUCGAACGCCCCGCCGUCUCCCGCCUACGCCGGGGUUCCGUUCGACGGCCACCCGCAGCUGGCCCGCUUGCCGCAGCGGCUGCCCUUCGUGCCGCACGCCCACUUGGUGCCGCUCCCCGGCGUGAGGUACGGGCCGCAGUUCAACCCGUACCUCGUGCACCCCGUUCACCUCGGCCGCCAGGCGGGGGCUCCUUUCCGUCUGCAGUACUUGCCGUGCCAGAUGCCGCAGCAACCGGUCGUCCACAGCCAGCCGUCUUUUAGCUUCCCGGCCGCUCCGCCGCAGCCGAAAAAAAGUCUACCGGUGGUGCCGCUGCCCGAAGGCGCCACGCUGCACGCCGUCGGGAUGCUGAACGGCGAAGUGCUGUACGCGGCAGUGGACGCCUCUCAGGCGACGCCUCCGCCUCUUCCUCCCGCCGCAUCCACCUGCCCCUCCGACCGUAAAAGAAAGUGCAAGCGGCGACGCAAGUCGGCCGGCGUCAAGAAGCCGCCGAACGCCUUCAUGUGCUUCCUGAGGGAACGGCGGCCGGAGUUUAAGAAUCAGCACAAGGACAGCGUGGCUGUCAACAAGCUGCUGGCGCAGCUGUGGACGUCGAUGAGCAAGGAGCAGCAGGCUAAAUACUACGAGCAGGCCUACAUGGAGAAGAUGGUGCACGAGCAAAUGUCUUCGGGCGGCUCCAGCAGCAGCAGUAGCAGCACCAACGACGACGACAACAACAACAACACCGGCCCCAAGAAGAAGAGGCGGCGCGGCGGCGCCUCGGCCGCGAGACACGCCGUUUCCACAGCGGCGCAUCGCGACGCCGACGGCUGGAACACGGGCGACGACGCGCCCGCCUCCACGUACUCGUCCUCCUUCACCUCCUCGUCGUCGUCUCUCUCCUCAUGGCUGGAAGCCGUCAUCACCGCCGAGGGCGUCGACUCCCCCGACGAGCCGUGCACCUCCGCGUCGUGCGCCGCCGGGCCGCGCGCCGCAGCCGCCGCCGCGCCGCGUUCCGCGCCGUCCGAUCCCAACAAGUGUCCCGACUCGGGCGACGAGUCCGACAUCGAGGGCAUGGACGCUCAGUUGCUGCAUCUGCUCGGAUGCUGUUAGCCUCAAGCGGCGCUUUUAUUUUUGUCCAAUGUAAUGUAUGUAGAUGCUGUAUAAAGAUGUUCAUGAUUUUUUA